AUGCAUCUUAUGUACACCCUCGACGCCGCCGGCAAGCGUGUUUACACCUUGAAGAAGGUAUUGAACGGCGAGGUUACCAAGUCUGCUCACCCCGCUCGCUUCUCUCCCGAUGACAAGUACUCUCGUCACCGUGUUACCCUGAAGAAGCGUUACAACCUUCUCCUCACCCAGCAGGCCGAGGCCCCUGUUAAGGCUUAA